UGAGGGCGCUAACACUUGUUUUAUUUCUCACUGACACGUUCACAGCAACACGACAGGUGCCUCAAAUUUAACGUCAUAAUUUGAGUAGUUUCAGAUUAUGACAGCAAACGGUCGAGGAACAAUGAGACCCCAAGGACGUGCACCACCUUUUCUCCUAAUUGGCCUGUUAGUAGUAAUGUGUAUCCUUGGGUACAGUUAUUGGAGUGUAGCAAGUACGAGCAGCGACCAAGCUUCACAAAUCGUGACACUACAAGAUGAAGUUAGAAUAUUGUCAACGCGAAAAAUGGAAGCUGACAAACGGAGUGAAUCUUCAAAUGACAAAAUUGGGACUCUUGAGAAACGAAACACAAAUCUGAUGUCUGAGUUACAAGAAAAAAUAAAAGCAAUGGAAUCAGUUAAGAGUGAACUCAGUCGGAAAGAAGAGGACCUCAGGAAUUCUAACACCGAAUUGGACAACAAAGCAGAAGGACUGACUAAAUGUGAACAAGACUCAAAUGGAAUUAAAGAAGAGCUCCAAAAAUUGAAAGAGGAGACAGAGUCUCUGAAGGGAAGUAUGGACAAAAAGCCAGUGCAGUGUGAUCAGAAUUCCUGUGAAGAACCUAUCAGGAACAUUUUGACUGUACUGGUAAACAGCUUGGGAAGACAGCAGAUCAUUGCGACACUUCAGAGCAACAACAUUGACGCCAACAAGUUCAUCCCUGCUGAAGGUGCCCAGCAGCCCGGAGUCAACCCAAAUCUUCAGCCACUCAAUCCUGCAGGCCAACCACAGACUGGUGAUCAACAGCCUGUAAACAACCAGGGGCAGCCUGCAGGAGUGAACCAGUCCGGUCAGAACCUUGGUGGACAGCCACAACUGCAGAAUCCUGCAGACCAACAACCACCCCAGAAUCCUGCCGAUCCACAACAGCAACAGAACGCUGGCCAACAACCACCCCAGAAUGCUGCCGAUCCACAACAGCAACAGAACGUUGGACAACAACCACCCCAGAAUCCUGCCGAUCCACAACAGCAACAGAACGUUGGACAACAACCACCCCAGAAUCCUGCCGAUCCACAACAGCAACAGAACGUUGGACAACAACCACCCCAGAAUCCUGCCGAUCCACAACAGCAACAGAACGCUGGCCAACAACCACCCCAGAAUCCUGCCGAUCAACCUCAGCAGGGGCUCAAUGUUGUUCCGCAGCCCAAUGUGAAUCAAGAGGAAAAUCCAGGUCAGCAGAAUGUAGUUGGGGUAGAAGGGAAGGGUGGUGUCUCAGAGCAUGAAGCAGGUGUGUCUGCUGGUGUAAAUAGUAGUGCCAUGCAUGAACAGGGUAAUAGGGAGGUGCCAAGUAGUGAAGGAAAGGCUGAUAGUAAAGCAGUUGCAAAGGAGUCAAAUGUAACCACCACCACCAUCACAACAACCAGUGGAGAGCCAGAGAGGAAAGAAACCAGUAAGACUGGAGAAACGAAAAGUGGAGGUCUUUUGAAAGGGCUGUUGGCAAAUGCGAGGGGGCUAGAAACAGAUGUCAAAGGUUCAGCAGGGAAAGUAGACAGGACUGAAACUACCAAAGCUGGAGAAGCCCCGACAACAAAUGGUACACCCAAAGAAGGGCCAGUGGCAGACGGCAAAGAACCUGCAGCAGAUGUCACAGGGUCUGCUGAGGAACUCAAGGACACUGAAACAACCAAGUCUGGCACAAAUGGUACUUCCAAAAUAGUAGCAGACGGCGAAAAACCUGCAGCUGACGACAAAGAAACUGGAGAUAAAGACAAGAAAACAAGAUAUAAUUUUAAAGAAGGUCAAGGCCCAGUAGAGAACUUUAAAGGCAAAGAAGGCUUCGAAGUUCUUGAUGAGUUUGGAAAAGAGCUGAAGAGACUCAAUAAGUCGAAGCAUGGUGACAAAGAUGCUGCUAAUCAGGAAGCUCACUUGAACCCUGCUGACCCAUUGCAUGAUGGGAGAGGCCAGGCAAUUCCAUUGCUCGCUGGUGAUGGUGACAACAUAGUCUUUGAUAAUGAAGAGGUAGAUGACAAGGCGGCUCAAGGUCUUGAUGGCCUAGAGGAGGAAGGACACAAAGAGGGGGAUGAUAAACUCAAGUUCGAACCUCUUGGAGAAGAACUGAAACAUCAAGGAGAUAUAGAAAAGGAUGAAGAUGCAAUCGACCGUAUGAAUGACAAUAUGGCUCUUGAUGACAAAAAACCUGAGGCGGCGUACAAGAUUGAAGAAAGUGAAGGAAUAUAGACAAAUGCUUGUAAUAUACUUAGUAAAUGGCCUCUUUGUGUUUAUUGCAAGAUAUCGAAUAGUUUUUAUUAGAAAUAUCUUCUUUAGUUGAUGUUACUUAUCUGGAAAACAAGGAUCAGAGAAUAUGUAUUCAUAUUUGUGAAAUUAUUCAAAGUAUCAAGAGGACUUGAUUUACGAUAAACUUUACUUUUAGAAGUGCUUUUCUAAAUAUUUAUCUUGUUGUGGUCAAGUUAUAUGAUAGAAAUCCAACAACGAAUGGCUGUUAUGCAAAAGUCAAUUACAAUUACUAUUGACAAGACAGGAGUAUUAUUUGAAGUCACUGGACCAUGUAGACUGGCAGGCUGAUUUGUACUGUCUGUUGUUGGCUGUUUGUGACAGACAUGUCGUUUGCCUCAGUAUUGAGAGAAUGUGGUAAUGUUGCUUACUUAGACUCGACAUGAUAUUAAUGCCCCAUCCUUUUGCAAAAUAUACUCUUGGGAAUCUUAAGGGAAGACAGACUGUCAAUGUAUUAAGCUCUGGUAUUUAGUUACCAGUGAUGGCACUUAUGAAAAACUACAUAUUUCACAUCGACUUGAGUAGAUUUAGCAUUUCAGUACUUCAGCAAUUAUACAACUGGAGACGGAAGUAUAUCUCUAUCAUUUAAAUCCUUCUUAUAAGGGAUGUAAGGAUGAUUUUUGAGCAGGGUGCACAUUUGAAUACAGUAGUUUGGCUGAUUGGAUAACCUUUUGAUCCAUGGAUUUAGAUUAUGGGGUUGUUUCUGAGAACAUCGGAAUGUAGCACUUGGUUUUCUUUUUAUGCAUGCUGAGGUUUGUUAUAUCCCAGGAUGAAGGUACCUGGAACACCAUUCAUACUUAGAUUCGAGAACGUUUUGUUAUCCUGCAUUGGAUUUAUGGUGCAUGAAAUCUUCUUUCAUUAGCUUUUAGUUAUUCCUGGUAUUCAACUAUUACUGUCAUUAGUUAUAUCAUCAUUAACAUAUUCUCUUCAUGAUCGGGGUGAACACAGAGAAAAACUAUUCAAUCCCUCGAUUGGGCUCUGCGUGUCCACUUCCCUACCAUCCUUAAAUUUUGGAUGAAAAAUUGUGAAUCAAUUUUAGUUAAAGGUUAUGGCUUUAACAAUGUUAACUCACCAUAAUCACAAUUCCUUAUGAACAUUACAUUCCGAGAUUUUUAAUGUGUCUUUGCAGUUGUAUAUUUGAGUGGAUGGUUGUUGUAACAUAGAUUAAAUAGGACGGACAGAUUUGCUGGGAAAAUGCUGUCCUGCCUGGGUUUUUUUUUGAAUGACAGUGUUCGGAAUUAAGCAUGAUAGUCUUGGGGUCCUUGGCAUAAGCUUCGGGGCGGUCAGGUAGCCUUGUGGUUAGAGCGUUCGCUCGCCAUGCUGAAGACCCAGGUUCGAUUCCCGACUAGGGUACAAUGUGUGAAGCCCAUUUCUGGUGUCCCCUGCAGUGAUAUUGCUGGUAUAUUGCUAAAAGCGGCGUAAAACCGUACACACUCACUCACUGGCAUGAGCUUCAUUACAGUUAGGUUUGUUUUUUGUUUGUUGUUUAACGUCGCACUCAGCAAUAUUCCAGCUAUAUGAUGGUGGUCUGUAUAAAUAGUCAAGUCUGGACCAGACAAUCCAGUGAUUGAUAUCAUUAGCAUCGCUUCAUGCAAUUGGGAUACGAUGACAUGCAUCCAACAAGUCAGUAAGCCUGACCACCGAUCCCAUUAGUCGCCUCUUCCGGCAAACAUAUUCACCUUUUACGGCAAACAUGGAUUGCUGAAGACCUAAUCUUCCCCGAAUCUUCAUGGGUCUGAUAACAGUUAGAGAAUCAGGGGGUCUAUAGAUUCAAAUUCCAAACAAGACCUCAAGGCCCCCAGGGCCCCCUUAAUUUCGAACACUGUAUGAUGUCAUUGAUUUUGUGCAAAAUGAAAAUAUAGCUGUUGGUAAAACUACUUACGUAUAUGUUUCAUCUGUGUGAUAACGAUGAGCACAAAGAAUUAUUAUUUUUCCAGUGAUUUUGUGAUGAAUGUGUACAUAUAUUGCCUUUGAAGUCAAGAAGUAACUGGUAUGUGUAAGAAAUAAAUUCAUAUUCAAUAUUGCAGUUCUACAGAAAAUAUUAAAACAAUUAUGACAAGUAUGAGAACCAAUAUUUCACUUGCCAUGUUAACUGAACAACCUCAAAUUUGAUUUUCAUCGUAAACAGAAAUAAUAAUGUUUUGUUUUAAAUAUCGCUGGUACAUUAUCGAAGGCAUUAAUCCAGGUUGUGACUUCGAUGACUGAUCGAUGUGUGACCGAUGUGUGCAGAUAUAUGUGAUGUUCGCGUAUGUUGUGUUGACAGCUUACUCUGGUAACAAGUAACAGUUGGUGUGAGAGGCUAGCCCAGCAGGCCAACCAAAGCACAUCAGCCCUGGGUCAGUUUCCCUUGUGCUCACCGUCUGUUACAGCAACAGAUUGCAGCACCUCAGUCUCCCUCACUUAUUGAUGAUGAUGAAGAGUAAUGCUUCCAUUUCACAACACUCUGCUUAGUUUCACUUGAAGCGUCAUAGUCAGAACACGAGAGAAAUCCUUUCUUUUUCCUUCUUUCCUAUCAAAAGGGCAACAUUUUAUAUUUUCAUGAUUCACUAGCCGAUGUUACUGAUUUGACGUUGAUAUGGAAUUUGGUGUCUUGUAUCACACCCAUGCAUGUAUGUGGGGCUCACAGUGAUCAAAGGCCUGCAUCACUUUGGCUUCACUCACACAUUAAACUGACAUGCCAUGCCAUAUAACUGCCAUAUAACUGUAAUACUGUUUGCACCUAGCCACUAAAUGAUGCUAAGCCCCUGUUGGAAUUCCGGCUCAGGAUAGGUCCCCAGCAACCAUUGUUAGUAGCAAGAGUUGACCAAAUGGAUUGUCUGGUCCAGACUCAAUUAUUUACAGACCAGAGUGCAGCGUUAAACAACAAACCAACCAAUCAGCUGUUAAAAGUGAUCAUGUUGACGUUGGAUUUACUUACUAUUAGAUCUUUUAGAUUGAGUCAGCUGAAUAUAGAAAAGAGAGAGUAGGACCUUAAAACACCCCAUUAAUGAUCUCACUUUAGUUUCAGUAAGUAUGUGUAUUUGAGGGGCCUCACUGAUGUGUACAUGUUUCAUGUUCAUGUAGAUGUAUUUAUUUACAUAAUUCUGGUCUGAAUUAUUUUCUCAGAUUGUAAUAGUGUUUUGUUUAGUUAUGUUUUUUUAUAUUAGAAUAUUUGUAGUUAUGGCUGAACAAAAGCUAUGGGGAACAAACAUUCAUAUAUUAAUAUAUAUAUCACAGUCUAUAGACCCAUUUUUGCUUGUGAAACUGUGAUAAAAUCCAAUGAUUACGAAACUGAACAA